AUGUUGUUUAAAAGUGCCUCUGUGUCCAUCGCAGAGUUUGAAGAAAAAAGUGGCUGGGCGUUCAAGCCCGAAGGCGCGUGCAAAGGUGACGUCUGCAUUCCGCUGUCGGCUGAUGUGCUUGCUGCGGAUAAUGCUGAAACUGUCGAGCUGGCGUCUAUCACAGAGGCGCUGGGAUUACCCAUGCUGGUCGACGAAAACCAUGGUUUAUACGCGGUCGGACCGGAGUCCAUUGGUGCUCGCGCGCUGGUCACUGCUGAUGCGCCCAGCCUGGUGCUGCCGGAUCUUGAUGGUCAGCCGUUUGAUCUGGCGAGCCUGCGUGGCCAGAAGGCCCUGCGCGAAGAAUUACAUCAGCAAAAUUUUGAACUGGUUACCGUUGGCCUGGAUACACUGGGUGAACAAGGUUGCCGCGCUUACAUUGAAGCCGCCGCGCCACAACAUCCGGCGCUGAUUGAUCAGCACCAUGUGCUGGCAGAGAAAUUUGGUGUGAUCAAUAUACCCAGUGCGAUCUGGAUCGAUGAACAGGGGGUCAUUGUGCGUCCCGCUGAGGCAGCGCCCGCGCCACCUCAACCUGAAACACAACAGGCGCCGCCACCAGCGGGUGAUGCGCCAGCCAUGCCUGAACGUUUUGUUGAGAUGAUGGGCGAAGCGGUAAAAAUAAAAUCUGAUGCACAGGCGUAUCACGCCGCGCUCCGGGAUUGGGUGGAACAUGGCGCCGAAAGUCGUUUUGCUUUGUCACCGGAUGAAGUGGUCAGUCGAUCCCGUCCCCGCAGUGCCGAGGUAUCACUGGGUCAUGCCCAUUUCGAACUCGCCAGUGCUCUGGAACUGGCCGGCCUGGUCGCUGGAAAAAAAUCCCAUACCCGGACCGAUGCAGCGAUUCUGGCAGGGACCUUCACCGGAGGCGCCUGA